AUGGAAAAGGAUGUUGAUGGAUCAAUUAUAGAAACUUGUAAAUUAUUAGAAUGGUGGGUUUGUUUUAAAUAAAAUUUAUUUGAAAUAAUAUGAUGUUUUCAGCACUUUUGCCAAUGAAGAAGAUAUAGAAUUUGAUAACACACAAAUUUUCGAAUUUUUUGUAAAAUGUAUUUGGCGUAUUGAUGGCGAAACUGAAAAUCGAUUACCAUCUUACGUUUUCCCACGACACAUCACUGAAAGACUGAAACAAGCAACGAUCAUUUCAAAAAUCUUGGAAAGUUGGAAAAUUUAUGGCGAUAUUAGUUUUCACAACAUAUUAUACGGUUCUAUUAACACAUUACGUCAAGUUUUUGUUGAGUUGAUCAAGAAAAUUCCGAGAGAGUUUGAUGCAAUUGAAAUUGAAGGUAAAUUUAUUAGUGUUAAAUAAGAAACGGAAAAUAUCUUAUGAGCCAAUAAACCAAACCGGCGAUUCUCAGAUUUUUUGACAAACAUUUUUCAGAAAGACCGAAUGAACUUAUCGAAAUUGCUCGCAAUGCUCUGAAAUCUGAAUCUGAUUUGGUCCCAUUUAUUUGCAGAAACAGCACAUAUGAGGUUAGCUUUACUUCAACUACUUCAAUCAUUUUUUGAUAUAUUUCAGCCAGAGAUCUUCCACAUCAAUAGUAAUUGCCAGUCAUAUGAUCCACGCACUUGGAUAUCAACAAUCUUUGAAGAUUUUUCCCCAAGUUCCUCACUAAAACCAUUGAAACCUUCAAUACCUUUCAAACCCAAAUCAUUGUUCAAAUCAACUGUAUCAAAUUUAGAAGUUUUGGAGAAUACAAACUCAGAUCCACAAGUAGAAGAAUAUCGGCUGAAACUCAAAGAAGUGUCAGACUUGGAAUUGAAAUAUCAAGAGAAAUUUGAAGAAUAUGAGAAUAGUCAGAAAGAGUUAGCCAAACUUCAGGAAUCCAAUGAUAAUCUUCGUAAUAAUAUUGGAAAAUAUGAUCCGAUGUAUAUUGAGAUAUUGCAAGAUAUUGAAGGAAAUGGAGAGAUUCUGAUGGUGAGAUAAUUUUUGGGUGAAUUGUAAAAUAGGACCCGCCAAUUUCAAUCAAUAUCCACACCAUUCAGUCUUGGUGGAAAUUGUUUACUAACUAGAAAAAGUAGAAUUUAAUGUGGUGGAGUCUGUUCUAUGAUUCACCCAAAUCUUUUUUGAAUGAAACAUCGUUUUUUGAUUUUUAGAAUAAAAUAUUAAGUCUGAAUGAACGAAUGGAAAAAGAUGCUCAACAAGGACUUGAACACAAAUCAAAACUGAAUGAGGAACUUGAAGAAAUCAGGAAGGAAUGUUUGGAAAAAGGAGUUGCAACUCGAAGUUUGUCAGAAAUUAUUGAUGAAACCGAAAAAUUGAAAGAACAGAUUGAGAUCGACGAGAUUUUAAUUGAAAAACUGAAAAAGAAAAUUGAGAAGAAUGGAGCUCAUAACAAAUUCAGUUUACUCGAAAAACGAUGCACCGAUGUAGAAAAUAUGAUUGAAAAACAAGAGAAAUAUAUGAAAAAUGUUAGUCAUAUUAUUUACUCUUUUUUUCAAUUAAAAAUAAACUAAAAUCUUUGUUCCAGAUAAUCGAAGAACUACAAGAAGUUGAGAAAAAACAAGAGCGGGAAUAUGAUAUUAUUGAUCGCUCAUUUACAAUAAUUCUCAACACUUUGAUCAGAGUUAGUUUUUAUUUUCAUGAUGGAUUUUAUUUUUGAAUUUUUUCAGAGCUCUGAAACUAACAGAGUUCGAAAACAUAUUCAAGCUUUUCUGAAUAUUCAUAUGAUUUCAUCCGAUAUUGUGGAAUGCAUCAAAAAGUCAUCGAAAUUGAAAUUAGACACUGAGAAAUUAUAUGAGGAGGUAAACAUUUUGCUUUUUUUUGCUCCCAAAAAUUAUUGAUAAAUUUUCCAGAUCACUGUAGAAGAACGCAAAGAUUAUGAUAAGCAAAGAAGAUUGAUUGAAAACGAUAUCACGGAAAUUGAAAAUGAAAAUGCUCAACUUAUUGAUAAAAUUAGAAAAAUGGACCCCAACUUUAAUCUCGAUUCAGUUUUACAUUAG